UUUUUUGGCUGGAUCGAACAUUCAAUCUCCGCCACAGCGAUUUGUCUUGACAAAACAAUCGAGGUCACUGAAUCCUGAAAGAUUGCCAGAUCAGCUAUUCUCUGCUUGUUGAUCCAAUGGAAGCCAAUAAGCGUGGCGUUGAAUCAUUAAAGUCAGUGCUGCUGGGCGCAACGGUUAGUGGCACGGCUGGCGCCGUAACCGGAGCCACUGUAGCUGUAUUGAAGAAUGCUCCUGUCCAACAAUAUACCAUUGCCACAGGCAUUAACUGUGGUAUCUUUGGCGCUACCUUUUUCACUGUACGAGAGACAUUCCUAACCUAUCAGCGAAGCAAGAACCCUCAUUUUGGACUAAAAGAUUCACAAACCCGCGACAUCGACGAUUUGAUCAGUAGCACCAUGGCCGGUGUCACCACUGGCGGUCUGUUAUCAGCGGUGGCCCGUGGUCCGCGUGGUGUGAUUCCCGGUUCGAUCAUGUUUGGUAUGAUUUGUGCAGGAUUGCAGGUUACUUAUACGGCGGGCAAUCGAUGGCGACAGAACAAGAUUUUGACCAGUGGCCAUUUGGACGGUCCCGUGGACAAGCCCGUUAAGGAAAAGAAAAGCUUGUGGGACUAUAUCCCGAUCCCCAAAUGGUCACCUAUUCGACCCAUCAGCAGUGAAGAAUACAACGAGCUUCUAGACACCAAAUUGAAAUCAUUGGAGGAAGAGAUUCGCACGAUUGAAAAAGAAAUCCGUGACAAACAAAAGAAAUGAGCGCGAUAAAUAUUUUGUUCUCCUUGUACAUAAUUACCCAUCUUAGACGACAUUUGGAAUAAAAACAGAAUCCUAUUCAUUCAUUC